AGUCCAGGAGGCGGGUCGGAUUCUGGAUCCAUGGAGCGAGCCGAAGGGCCGAGUACAGAACUUGCUAAGGCCAUCAAACCUAUCGAUCGGAAGUCAGUCCAUCAGAUUUGUUCUGGACAAGUGGUACUGAGUCUAAGUACUGCUGUGAAGGAGUUGGUAGAAAAUAGUGUGGAUGCUGGAGCCACUAAUAUUGAUCUAAAGCUUAAAGACUAUGGGGUGGAUUUCAUUGAAGUUUCAGACAAUGGAUGCGGAGUCAAAGAAGAAAACUUUGAAGGCUUAACUCUGAAACAUCACACUUCUAAGAUUCAAGACUUUGCUGACCUAACUCAGGUGGAAACUUUUGGCUUUCGAGGGGAAGCUCUGAGCUCACUUUGUGCACUGAGUGACGUGACUAUUUCUACCUGCCACACAUCUGCAAAGGUCGGAACUCGGCUGGUAUUUGAUCACAAUGGGAAAAUUGUCCAGAAAACGCCCCAUCCACGACCCAGAGGGACAACCGUUAGCGUACAGCAGCUAUUUUAUACACUCCCUGUGCGUCAUAAGGAAUUUCAAAGGAAUAUUAAGAAGGAGUAUGCCAAAAUGGUCCAGGUCUUACAUGCAUACUGCAUCAUUUCAGCGGGCAUCCGUAUCAGUUGCAGCAAUCAGGUUGGACAAGGAAGACGGCAGCUGGUGGUAUGCACAAGUGGAAGCUCCAGCGUAAAGGAAAAUAUUGGAUCGGUGUUUGGGCAGAAACAGCUGCAAAGCCUCAUUCCUUUUGUUCAGCUGCCCCCUAGUGACUCCGUUUGUGAAGAGUAUGGGUUGAACCACGCUGAUGUUCUGCAUUCACGGUUUCACAUCUCGGGCUUCAUCUCUCACUGUGCUCAUGGUGUUGGAAGAAGUUCAACAGACAGACAGUUUUUUUUCAUCAAUCGGCGGCCUUGUGACCCAGCAAAGGUCUCCAGACUCGUGAAUGAGGUCUAUCACAUGUAUAAUCGACAUCAGUAUCCAUUCAUUGUUCUUAACAUUUCUGUUGAUUCAGAAUGUAUUGAUAUCAAUGUUACCCCAGAUAAACGGCAAAUUUUACUACAAGAGGAGAAGCUUUUGUUGGCAGUUUUAAAGACGUCUUUGAUAGCAAUGUUUGAUAGCGACGUCAACAAACUCACUGUCUCUCGGCAACCAUUGUUGGAUAUUGAAGGUCACGUAAUAAAAACGCAUCAGGCAGAAAUGGACAAGCCCCUGGCAGAAAAACAGGAUAGUCCUGCUUUGUUCAGGACCGAAGGAGAAGAGAAAAGGGCUGUGACCAUCUCCAGACUGAGAGAGAACUUUUCUCUUCGGCACACAACAGAGAACAGGUCUCGGGGCCCCCAGACCCCUGAAUCAAGGCAGAUCUCCCCAAGACAGAAAAGGCACAUACAGUUGCCCGGCGCUUUGCACUCCCCCUGCACCCCGAGGCCCAUCCCUGACACCAACUCAUGUGGCCCUCAGGAGGUGGUGAGACAUUUGGAUGAGGGCCCCUGUGGCCACAGUAACAGGGUAGACAUAGAACAGGAAUCCGGGCCCAGUCACCUGUCAGGUGGCCUGGGGGAAGGGCUGAGCGCCCCAGAAGCAGGCAGUCACUCUGGCGGGGUGUCUGCUGCUUGCGCCCCUGAGGACAGGCUUUCACAAGGAAGUGCAGCGUCACCUGAGAUCGACCAUCACCCUGCUGAUGCUGGAGGCCAGCUCGACCAUGAGGAUGGUGGCCAGACAUGUCGAGUCUCGCCUCAGCCUGCUGACAUGUCCUUCUCAAACACAAAGCGUUUUAAAAAAGAUGGAACGCCUCUAAAUUCUGAUGCCCACCCAGGGCUGGUGAAGACUCGGAACACGCCAGCGUCUCAGGUUGAUGUGGCUGUUAAGAUCAAUAAGAAAGUAGUGCCCCUUGCCUUUUCUAUGCGCUCCCUAGCUAAACAGAUAAAGCAGUUGAGGCAGCAGGGACAGCAAAGAGAAGGCGAGCAGAACUGUAGGAAGUUCAGGGCCAAGAUUUGCCCUGGAGAAAACCAGGCUGCGGAAGAUGAACUAAGAAAGGAGAUAAGUAAAACAAUGUUCGCAGAAAUGGAGAUUAUCGGUCAGUUUAACUUGGGAUUUAUAAUCACCAAACUGAAGGCAGACAUCUUCAUAGUGGACCAGCACGCCACGGAUGAGAAGUACAACUUUGAGAUGCUGCAGCAGCACACAGUCCUCCAAGGCCAGAGGCUCAUAGCACCCCAGACUCUCAACUUAACUGCUGUCAAUGAAGCUAUUCUAAUAGAAAACCUGGAAAUAUUCAGAAAGAAUGGCUUUGAUUUUGUUAUCGACGAAGGAGCUCCAGUCACUGAAAGAGCUAAGUUGAUUUCCUUGCCAACUAGCAAAAACUGGACCUUUGGACCCCAGGACAUCGAUGAACUGAUCUUUAUGCUGAGUGACAGUCCUGGGGUUAUGUGCCGUCCUUCCCGUGUCAGGCAGAUGUUUGCCUCCAGAGCCUGUCGGAAGUCUGUAAUGAUUGGAACUGCUCUUAAUACAAGUGAGAUGAAGAAGCUGAUUACCCACAUGGGCGAGAUGGACCAUCCUUGGAACUGUCCCCACGGAAGGCCAACCAUGAGACACAUUGCCAACCUGGAUGUCAUUUCUCAAAACUGACAGCAUUUCUCAUUUUAUAGAACUAUACAUUUUAUUGCAGAUUUUUCUGUUUUCAAAAGCAGGGUUUUAGCUAGCCACUUGUUUGCAAAUUAGCCUGCUGUUUAAAAAAAAAAAAAAAAUGACCAGAUCCAUCAGAAGUGAUCUUGAGAACCUCUUCAAACCACAUGGAGCAUUGCUUGCAAUGUUUUUUGUUCUGCACUUGAAUGUGUGUGCAUAUACAGGCAAGAGCACAUCACAAACAUAGGAAGCACGUCUUGAAAGUCACUCAGGCUUCUGCUGCUAUGGCCUAGGCUAUUUUAGUUUGCAGCUUUCAGCCCAUAAUAUGAUUAAAUUCAUAAUGGUUUAAUUUCAUAAAAUUAUGGUCCUUUUGGGUUAGUGGUCCUCAACCCUAACUCAAAUUUAAAAAAUAAAAAAAGAAGAAAACAAAACCUAAGGGGGAUUCCCUGCCCAACUGGAAGGAAAUGGCCCAGGUGGGGCCUGGGUUCACUAUUUUUAAAUGUUCCCCAGUGCAGCCCGGGUGGCAAAGCAUUGUCCUAGGCAAGGGGAAAUAAAAGAUUGAUUUUUUUUUC